AGGGGGGCUGUGGGGGAGAACGCCAGAGAGCGUGUGUGGGGAAGGCUGUGUGUGUACGCAGGCGGGCAUAUGAGAGGCAGAUUCGGUUGCAAGAAUUAUGUUGAAAUGAAUUAGCUUGUCUGUGUUAGGGUGCACUUGUUUCCGUUUGGUAGCAAGAGGAGGUCGGGAUGUUAAAAUGAUCAAGUGCACACCAUAAUAAUUUUUCGCAAGCACAGGAGGAAGAAUAAGAAACCUGGCUAGCCAUGGAGACCCAGGCAGUGGUGGAACAUCAAUGCUAUGAUGACGUCCGGAAAAGCGGGUAUCUCCGCAAGCAAAAAUCUAUGCACCGGCGAUUUUUCGUUCUCCGUGCGGAUUCGGACCACGGCCCUGCCCGCCUUGAGUAUUACGAGAAUGAGAAGAAAUUCCGUAGCAAGUCCCCCGUCCCGAAAAAAAUGGUUAACCUGGAGUCUUGCUUCAACAUCAACAAGCGGGCGGAUUCCAAGAAUAAGCACAUGAUAGUGCUCUAUACGCGCGGAGAGAGCUUUGCCAUUGCAGCAGAUACUGAAGAGGUUCAGAACGAAUGGUACCAGGCCAUGUUGGACCUUCAGUGCAGAAGUAAGACCCCAGAAGACAGUGGGAGUGGAGGCGAGUGUAGCCUCCCCUCUCCAAGUUCUGCUUUCAAGGAGGUAUGGCAGGUAAAAGUGUGGCCCAAAGGCUUAGGUCAGGCCAGGAACUUGGUGGGCAUCUACCGCCUUUGCCUGACUGACAAGACGGUCAACUUCGUCAAGCUCAACUCUGACGUGGCUGCCGUGGUCCUGCAGCUGAUGAACGUGCGCCGCUGUGGGCACUCCGAGAACUUCUUCUUCAUCGAGGUGGGCCGUUCGGCCAUGACGGGCCCUGGCGAGUUCUGGAUGCAGGUGGAAGACUCGGUGGUGGCACAGAACAUGCAUGAGACCCUGCUGGAGGCCAUGAAGGCUCUGAGCGAGGAGUUUCGCCAGCGCACCAAGACCCAGUCUGUGGGGGCCACUGCCGGCGGGGGUACCGCCUCGAAUCCAAUCAGUGUCCCCUCCCGCCGGCACCACCCAAAUCUGCCACCGUCCCAGGUGGGCUUCUCCAGACGGGCCCGCACGGAGACCCCUGGGGCAAGUGGACUGAGCAGCACCAACACCUCCCCUACUCCCAGGCAUGGUAUCUCACGCUCGCGAACAGCUAGCAUUGGCGCUCGCAUGGAUGACAGCGGGUCGAGCAUUGCGAGAAGCACAGUUACUAGCACCAGCCCCAGCCUGAAUGGUUCUUCCUGCUCCACAACGCCCACGCUGAGGCCCAAGCCCACCCGAGCUCCCACCCCAGCCAAGAUCACCCUCAGCCUGGCCAGGUACACGCCCAACCCUGCUCCCUCACCAGCUCCCAGCCUAUCCUCCAGCUCAGGACACGGCUCCGAAUGUGGCAUCAUUGCGGCUGCUGGUGGAUUUGGAAGUGUCGCCAUGUCCACUUACACCCGCAUCCCUCAGAGAGUCUCUGUGUCAGGCUCUCCCAGUGAUUACGGCUCCUCGGACGAGUACGGCUCCAGCCCGGGGGAGCAUUCUCUGCUCAGCUCUGGACUUCCUUCAAUGUCUGCGGUGGGUAUGGGACUCCAGGGUGGCUCUGCAAGCUACAUUGUCAUGGGGCACCGGGACGGCAACUCUGGCUCUGGGCACCGCUCGCACGGGCGUAGGAUGCUGCGGCGAUCCUCCAGCCGUGAGUGCGAGGCCGAGCGAAGGCUACUCAGCAAGAGGGCAUCACUCCCAUCCUCCAACACCCAGGACCGGCUAGUCCCGAGGCGCAGAGAGGAAGAGGAAGAUGAGGACGAAGACUAUGCAGUGAUGUCGCGGAGCGUUAGCAGGGAGUCGUUCGCAUCUCGACGAGGUUCAGGAGGCACCGCGACCACAGCAUUGGUGGGGCAGGGAGGUGAUGUUUUGUCCGUGAAAGUCGAGAGUGGGGUAAUCGGAGCCAAAGACGAAAGCGAGGCAUCUUUGGAGGGUGGCUACAUGUCGAUGUUGCCAGGAGUCAAAGCCACUCCUGUUUUGCUGUCGCUCUCUGUUCCCAUGUCGGACUCCAGCUCCAAGGGGAACGAUGGAGGGGGAGCAGACGAGUACAUGGCCAUGACCCCCAACAGCAGCAUCUCACCCCCACAGCAUGGCCGCCUGCCCAGCUCCGAGGGCUACAUGAUGAUGUCUCCCAACAGCAGCUGUUCCCCCGACCUGCACGGCCUGGCAGGCAGCAGCCUGUGGGGCAGCCGGGGCAGCAUGGAGAGCCGGGCGGGCAGCGACUACAUGAACAUGUCCCCAAUCAGCGCCCGCUCGGCCUGCAGCACGCCACCCUCCCAUCACGACCAGCACCCGCUUCAACCCAAGAUGGUGUACUCAUACUUCUCACUGCCGCGCUCCUACAAACACACGCUCUCCACCCGCUUCGAGGAUGACCUGGGCCAGGGGAAAAGACCCGAGGGAGGAGGGGGUGGUAAUGGCGGAGACUGUGGGACUGGAAGGAGAGGAGGGCGGAGGGGAUACCCCAGCACCCAAGGGGACGCUUCAGUGGGACACACUGGAGGCUGCCAGCUCUCCCUCUCCUCCUCCUCCUUCUCCUCCAGUUCGGCCAGCAGCGAGAGCUUGGAGGACAGGCCCAUGUCGUUGUCCAUGGCAGGGGGUGGGAGGAUGGCCAGAAUGGGGGGUGCAGGGGGAUUCUCGGUCGGGGGAGCACGUGCCAAAGAGGUAGCCCACCAUCAAAAUCAAAGGCGCGCAGGGCCAGGGUCUCAGAAGCAGGGUCACUCUCAGCAGAGAAAGGGUCGUCCAUCCAGCCUCUUUGUGGACAUGUCCAAAGCCAACACCCUGCCCAGGGUGAGGGAGAACCUCCUCCCAACCGUGCCCCAGAGCCCUGGGGAGUAUGUGAGCAUAGCCUACGGUAGAGAGUGUGGUGGGAGAGGGAGAGGCCAGAGGAGGAAAGACUCAGGACUGUCGGUAGCCCCGGGACCUCCGCGACCCUUGCACAGACCCCCUCCCUGCCCCAGCAGCGCCAACAACCUCCCCCGCAGUUUCUCGGCACCCCUGUCCUCCUCGGUGUCCUCCGAAUACGUAAACAUGGACCUGGGAAACUCCCCUUCUCCACUAUCCCACACGCCCCUCUCCUCCUUCUCCCCGGCUCAUGCUCUGACGCCGGCUGUGGCACCCAAGGCCCGCGAGGAGCGUGUCAUGGCGCCCCAGGCGGUGCGGGGCGUGGAGCUGGGCCACCGAAAGACUGGCCCUCUGGCCCUGGUGCCGGCAGAGAUACCAGCAGAAUACUCUGAAAUGGUCUUCGUUGAUCCCUCAGCUCAGUGUGCCAACACAUCCCAGCCCCCUACACACACUGCCCAGUCAUCGUCAUCCAUGUCCCAAGACGAGGCUUUGAACUUUUCGGCCAAGCCCUUUUCUAGUCCGGACCAGGGGACCAGGCUGGUCAGGGCAGACCCCCUUGGGAGGCGGCGUCACCGCUCCGAAACCUUCAUUGCAUCUCCCUCGCUGCCCCUCUCCUUGUCCUCCGCGUACUACGAGAGCAGCCAGGUCGUGCCAUCUCACUGUGUGGGAUUGGAGGGCUCCCCGUGGAGCGGCCAGGCGACCGUCCCGCAGUGCGUCAGUACUGGGGUGUCCACUGUACCUUCUACCCCGGCUCCUUCAGGCUCCCUUGAGCAAGGCCUCAACUACAUAGACCUGGACCUAGCCGCCAAGGACUGUCCGCAGACAGGCCUGGACGGGUCCACUGCCACCCACUCUCUGUUUUCCUCGGUCCUUGGGGGAGGGUCGGUGGGGGGCAGUGCAAGCUCCAGCAUCAACACCUAUGCCAGCAUCGACUUCUACAAGUCAGAGGAGCUCAGAGUUCACCAGAAUAGCAGGAAUGAAGGCAAAGAGUGUUGAACGCACCCCUGCCUGCACGGCCCCGCUGCGGCCCACAUGUCUGUCCAUAGAUGAGUGUGGCUGAUCGAUGGAUUUUACGUCUUGAACAUUGCCAUGAGGGUGUGGCUGGGACGAAGCAUCUGUCAGCAUCCUUCUCACACACACUCUCUAUUCAUCCUCAUCCAUUCGUUGCAAUCAAAUGAAAACACGUGCCAAAAGACUACUGGUCAUAUCCGCCAGGUAGCACUGAGAUGUCCUUCAGCCAAUCAGGAGGGACUUAUAGCGACUCUGACUGCCAACAAAGAGCCAAUGAUUUAUUUUUUCUUUUCUUUUUUUCUUCACCACUUUAAUGAAAUUGUAAUACAGAUGUUACAUAGUCUAAUAUUAGAAAAAGAAAAUAUAUAGUAUACAUAAGAUUACCGAAUAGACAUCUAUAUAUUACUUUUUUUUAAAAGUGCCUCAUUUUCGAUUGUAGCCAUUUUUACACAGAAAAUUCUGAACUGGUCUGUGAGAGAAAAAACCUAAUUUAUGUUCCUUGUCUUCUAUGUCAUCUUCUUUUAAUACAGUUGUGAAUAUGUUUCAAAGUGCAGACAUAAGUAGUGCAAAGGUAUAUGAGUAAUAGUGAGCAUAAUCAGAUUGCCUUACUGUGUUAGUGUGAAGUGUAUUGAGAACAGCCUUCUCUUACUUUAUGCCGUGCCUCUCGCUUCCAUCAGCCAAAGGGCUGCAGCUCAUGGCAGCCUUCCAUAACCCAGCCGAAUGCAACACACACACACACAUACAUAUUUACACACA